CCUGUGUGCACAUGCAUCAUUUACACGUCUUGUUGGAUGCACACAUGCAUCAUUUACACGACUUGUUGGAUACACACAUGCGUUAAUUACACGAAUUGUUGGAUGUGUACGUCCUUUUCACGGAUUUUAUUUUUAAAAUUUUUAAACGAAAAGAUCACACGAGUACAAGUCUGGGCAGCCUUUACACUGUACAGACAUCUUGCCGUGUGUGUGUACGCUGUACACGCGUCCAUGUGCAAUUCAGCCAUCUUUUAGGACGGGUACACUAUCCAGACACGUGGCUACAGGAAAGCACGACAACGUUCUGAGAUCUGAAACGUUGUUCACGGGGAAUGCUUAGCAAUGCGGUUGAGAAGUCAGCGUUUCAAUCCCAGGAAUUUAAACAAUCGAGUCCAUGGAGUUGAUUGUGGGCACAUCUUUAUCGGCAACUACAACUAUUGCCUUGGAACAACUGAGUUCACUAUUGGAGUUUGGAUUCCCGACAAUGUUGCCGUCCUUUCAAUUCAUCAUUCUGUGAGACAACUUUAAUUUAACAGCUCAAUUCAUGUAUUCCGUAGAAUAGACAAGUGGACAGUUCGAUUUCAACUUUAAAACUACACAACAUCAAUUUAUUAUAUAUAUAUUUUUAAAAAAAUCAACAACAACAGCCCAACCAAACAAAUAAAACCAGCCAGAUUUUUUAGAAAAUGUGGUUUCCGAAAAUAAACCGAUUUUCAAGGAAAUGUGUUUUGGCCACUGUCGCCGGUUGGUCUGUCAUGAUCAUGUGUUUCAUCUCAUCGUACGUGAAAGUAGAAUUUCGUAAAACCACCGCCAGGGUGCACCACGAUGUCAAGGUCGGGCUGAAACACGCGACGGACCAGCAGCUCGGCUUCGCGGAGGACGACGAGGACCAGGUCAAGCCCCCCGACGUCAAAGGUCAUCGGUGCGCCCCCAACAACUUCGUCCACUGCGACGAUCGCCUGAUCGCGCUGAUGGCCUGGGACAGGAAUCAACCGAAGGCGGAAAUCCACAGCAAGUUUGUCAACAAGAGCAAAGUGGACGCGGCCCGAUUCGAGCUCCAUUUCGGCGUAGGCGGUGCGCCGGGGGGCGAGGAAGACAGGGCUGAAUUCCUGGAAAGGUUUACCGUCGACCCGGCGAAUCCUUAUCACAGGAUAAACCAGAAGCUGAACUCGGGGACCAAGAUUUCCAUUCACAUGAUCAACAUGCCGGCGUGGCUGAUAUGGGAGAUAACCGAACCGAGGUGCCGGAGGAACCUCUGCCGUUUCGACGCCGACGAGGUCACCAACGACACGGACGUCGUCAUGGUUAACGGGAUACGUCUGGUGGACAGCGUCAUCCCCGCCAAGAGGUGGAGCCACCAGCUGUACGUCGUGUACGGGAGGGAGGCCACAGUGCACUUCCGCAGUUCUUUGUUGAAUGGUAAGGUCAAGCGUGAGUGUGCGUUUGUCUCGUAUGUUUGUAUUUGACGCAAGGGUGGUAGGAAAUGGGGAGAAGGGGGGGUUGUCUUGUGCCACUGACGUCAUGAAGUUGGAGUCCACGAUGUACACGUGAUUCAAGCGAGGUCAUGGCAGGCCAACAUGGCGCAUUGUGCAGGAAUUCCAAAAAUACAUUUAAAAAAAAUAUAUAUAUGUGAGGCAUCGUGUAUGGUCUUAUGUCGGGGAGUUGCGCUGACAGCGCCCGUUUCAGGGAGGGGGCGCUUGUACUUUGACAAAUGCGCGCACACCUCACCCCGCAGCACUGGGUACACGCUGAAAUAAGGGAACCUCUACGACAACGUCAUCACAAUCGUAACCAGUGCCAGGAAGUCCAGCGGGCGAGAUAUGGUCAAUGGUCUCCGAGGCUCAAGAAUCCCCCAGCCUAUCACCGUUUGUUCUCUACUAGCAUGUGUGUGUUUUUAUGUGAUAAGAUUGUGGCGUGUAUCUGCUAUUUAUACUUUGUGGAUGUAGAUUUGCAGAUAUCUCAGAUACAUUAAAAAACAACAACACACAUACGGAAAGUAAUUUUGAGAACCACUGCCUUAAAUGCCUUUAAUAGACCACUACUGUAGAUUAUGAUUUAAUAAUUUUAUGCCCCCCCCCCUUCCGCAAGGUGUGAAAACGCAUAAAUAUAAUUUUAUAUUAAAUCAAUUCAGCCAUUUCUUGAUAAUUUCAUGAUCAUUGUACCACCUCCCCCACCCCCCCAACCGUCUUGCCACCACUAAAACUUCCAUCCUGCCUACGACAAAGAACAGACAACUCCACCUGGAGGCACACCUUCAACUUAACGGCCAAACAACAACACACAUACGGAAAGUAAUUUUGAGAACCACUGCCUUAAAUGCCUUUAAUAGACCACUACUGUAGAUUAUGAUUUAAUAAUUUUAUGCUCCCCCCCCUUCCGCCAGGUGUCAAAACGCAAAAAUAUAAUUCUACAUUAAAUCAAUUCAGCCAUUUCUUGAUAAUUUCAUGAUCAUUGUACCCCCCCCCCCCCCCCAACCGUCUUGCCACCACUAAAACUUCCAACCUGCCUACGACAAAGAACAGACAACUCCACCUGGAGGCACACCUUCAACUUAACGGCCACCUACAGACAGGUGUCUGAUCUCCACUGGCCCUAUGGCGGGAUCAAACUAAAGCCUGUCGCCCAGAAGCCCGAUUACCGUAAGGAAAUCUACUUUAAUGAUUAAAAUAACUAUAUGUUUUCAGUGGGAUUGCCCGAGAAAAAGGCGGGUGGGGUUUGGAGGGUUGGGUGGGUGGGGGGAGUGUGUGGGAUAGUUAUGACAAGGUGAGCAAUCAAGUUUACACUCAUCAUAACACUGUCAUAAGGCUUCAUCAUAGCACUGUCAUAAGGCUUCACCGUAACACUGUCACAAGACUUCAUCCUAACACUGUCACAAGGCUUCAUUAUAGCACUGUCAUAGGGAUUCACACUAACACUGUCACAAGACUUCAUCCUAACACUGUCACAAGGCUUCAUCAUAGCACUGUCAUAAGGCUUCAUCAUAGCACUGUCAUAAGGCUUCACCGUAACACUGUCACAAGACUUCAUCAUAGCACUAUCACAAGACUUCAUCGUAACACUGUCACAAGACUUCAUCCUAACACUGUCACAAGACUUCACCAUAACACUGUCACAAGGCUUCAUCGUAACACUGUCACAAGAGUUCAUCCUAACACUGUCACAAGACUUCACCAUAACACUGUCACAAGACUUCACCAUAACACUGUCACAAGACUUCACCAUAACACUGUCACAAGAGUUCAUCCUAACACUGUCACAAGACUUCACCAUAACACUGUCACAAGGCUUCACCAUAACACUGUCACAAGACUUCACCAUAACACUGUCACAAGACUUCACCGUAACACUGUCACAAGACUUCACCAUAACACUGUCACAAGACUUCACCAUAACACUGUCACAAGAGUUCAUCCUAACACUGUCACAAGACUUCACCAUAACACUGUCACAAGGCUUCACCAUAACACUGUCACAAGACUUCACCAUAACACUGUCACAUGGCUUUUCUAAAGGGCUUUCUUUCUUUUCUUUUGUUUUAAAGCCACAUUUGUGGCGCAGGAAAAGGACAACGAACUACAUCUCAUAAGGAUGCAUCAAUCAUGUCAUUUUACCACUAAAUACAAUUUUAAGAGGAAAUAAGCUGCUUGUGGGAAAUAAGCUGCUUGUGGCGAAAUAAGCUGCUUGUGGCGAAAUAAGCUGCUUGUGGCGAAAUAAGCUGCUUGUGGCGAAAUAAGCUGCUUGUGGCGAAAUAAGCUGCUUGUGGCGAAAUAAGCUGCUUGUGGCGAAAUAAGCUGCUUGUGGCGAAAUAAGCUGCUUGUGGCGAAAUAAGCUGCUUGUGGCGAAAUAAGCUGCUUGUGGCGAAAUAAGCUGCUUGUGGCGAAAUAAGCUGCUUGUGGCGAAAUAAGCUGCUUGUGGCGAAAUAAGCUGCUUGUGGCGAAAUAAGCUGCUUGUGGCGAAAUAAGCUGCUUGUGGCGAAAUAAGCUGCUUGUGGCGAAAUAAGCUGCUUGUGGCGAAAUAAGCUGCUUGUGGCGAAAUAAGCUGCUUGUGGCGAAAUAAGCUGCUUGUGGCGAAAUAAGCUGCUUGUGGCGAAAUAAGCUGCUUGUGGCGAAAUAAGCUGCUUGUGGCGAAAUAAGCUGCUUGUGGCGAAAUAAGCUGCUUGUGGCGAAAUAAGCUGCUUGUGGCGAAAUAAGCUGCUUGUGGCGAAAUAAGCUGCUUGUGGCGAAAUAAGCUGCUUGUGGCGAAAUAAGCUGCUUGUGGCGAAAUAAGCUGCUUGUGGCGAAAUAAGCUGCUUGUGGCGAAAUAAGCUGCUUGUGGCGAAAUAAGCUGCUUGUGGCGAAAUAAGCUGCUUGUGGCGAAAUAAGCUGCUUGUGGCGAAAUAAGCUGCUUGUGGCGAAAUAAGCUGCUUGUGGCGAAAUAAGCUGCUUGUGGCGAAAUAAGCUGCUUGUGGCGAAAUAAGCUGCUUGUGGCGAAAUAAGCUGCUUGUGGCGAAAUAAGCUGCUUGUGGCGAAAUAAGCUGCUUGUGGCGAAAUAAGCUGCUUGUGGCGAAAUAAGCUGCUUGUGGCGAAAUAAGCUGCUUGUGGCGAAAUAAGCUGCUUGUGGCGAAAUAAGCUGCUUGUGGCGAAAUAAGCUGCUUGUGGCGAAAUAAGCUGCUUGUGGCGAAAUAAGCUGCUUGUGGCGAAAUAAGCUGCUUGUGGCGAAAUAAGCUGCUUGUGGCGAAAUAAGCUGCUUGUGGCGAAAUAAGCUGCUUGUGGCGAAAUAAGCUGCUUGUGGCGAAAUAAGCUGCUUGUGGCGAAAUAAGCUGCUUGUGGCGAAAUAAGCUGCUUGUGGCGAAAUAAGCUGCUUGUGGCGAAAUAAGCUGCUUGUGGCGAAAUAAGCUGCUUGUGGCGAAAUAAGCUGCUUGUGGCGAAAUAAGCUGCUUGUGGCGAAAUAAGCUGCUUGUGGCGAAAUAAGCUGCUUGUGGCGAAAUAAGCUGCUUGUGGCGAAAUAAGCUGCUUGUGGCGAAAUAAGCUGCUUGUGGCGAAAUAAGCUGCUUGUGGCGAAAUAAGCUGCUUGUGGCGAAAUAAGCUGCUUGUGGCGAAAUAAGCUGCUUGUGGCGAAAUAAGCUGCUUGUGGCGAAAUAAGCUGCUNAUCCAAUGGCAACAGCAGGCCAAAUACCCCCUCCCCCCCCCUCCGCAAGAUGAUGAUGCUUCCGCCAUUCCGUCACAACGCAUGACGCGAUUGUUCUUUUCAUGUCAGUUCUGCUGUGAAAUCUUUAUUCUAUCAAUUCAGCAACAGGGCUAAAUAUAUAUUUUGUUAUCUUUAAUGUGAUAAUACCAUCGCUCCAAUACAUAUGCUCCUUCCAAUUGUAUGUCCAUAGGGCCAUAGUCAUUAUUGUAGAAGAUUACGGGCUUUAGUUAUGUUAUGGCCACUUAAAAAAACAACAAAAAAACAAACAAAUAUUUUCCCAAAGGAUCAAAUCUAACUAUGGAAAAGGCGACGUAUUGUAUCAGCAAUUAUUUUAGUAAAUAUAAAAGCAAAUUUAAAAAAAAAAAAGUUUACUAAAAACAGAAAUAAUAUUCAAGAAUUCGCAUCUUUCAUGUUCCCUAUUCAAUAUUGUGUCUACCAUCUAGAAAUACAUUGAUGUUGACAUUUUUGGACGCUGUGGCAACGCAACCGCAUGCUUGUCACCGCGGGGGGGCCAAUGCCUUCUGGAUCUGCUACGCCCCUACAAGUUCUACCUGGCCUUCGAGAACGCCUUCUGUCCGGACUACCUGACGGAGAAAAUCUUCAAGACGUUCGUGUCGGACAACCACAUCGUUCCUGUCGUCAUGGGCGGGACCGAAUACGACCAAUACUUUCCCAAAGGCUCGCUGAUAAACAUCGACUGGUUUCCGACGGCCAGGGAGCUGGCGGUGUACCUGCAGGGACUCGACCCGGAGACGUACAGCGGGUAUCUGGAGGUCAAGGACAUGUACGAGACGCUGCCCGGAUACAGCAUUCUGUGCCAGGUGUGCGACGCCCUCGUCAAACAGUCGAUGAAACCCAAGAUUUACGACAUUAAAUCUUGGCUCGAGGAGGCGUGUCCAUCACCUCGCUCAAAAUUUUAGCCCCUGCCCACCGGCUCAGCCCCCCCCCCCCGGGCCAGCUCGGGUUAGAGCGCAUGUGAUAAUCUUCAAUAAAUCCUGUCCAAAUAUGUACGACUGGAUAACAUCUUUAUGGAUGUCACGAUAAUAAUUGAUAGCUCUAAUUGAUAGCUUUAAUUGAUUGCUUUAAUUAAUAGCUUUAAUUGAUAGCUUUAAUUGAUAGCUUUAAUUGAUAGCUUUAAUUGAUAGCUUUAAUUGAUAGCUUUAAUUAAUUGAUUUAAUUGAUAGCUUUAAUUGAUUGCUUUAAUUGAUUGCUUUAAUUGAUAGCUUUAAUUGAUAGCUUUAAUUGAUAGCUUUAAUUGAUAGCUUUAAUUAAUUGAUUUAAUUGAUAGCUUUAAUUUAUAGCUUUAAUUGAUAGCUUUAAUUGAUUGCUUUAAUUGAUUGCUUUAAUUGAUAGCUUUAAUUGAUAGCUUUAAUUGAUAGCUUUAAUUAAUUGAUUUAAUUGAUAGCUUUAAUUGAUUGCUUUAAUUGAUAGCUUUAAUUGAUAGCUUUAAUUGAUUGCUUUAAUUGAUAGCUUUAAUUGAUUGCUUUAAUUGAUAGCUUUAAUUAAUUGCUUUAAUUGAUAGCUUUAAUUGAUAGCUUUAAUUGAUAGCUUUAAUUGAUUGCUUUAAUUGAUUGCUUUAAUUGAUAGCUUUAAUUAAUUGCUUUAAUUGAUAGCUUUAAUUGAUAGCUUUAAUUGAUAGCUUUAAUUGAUAGCUUUAAUUGAUAGCUUUAAUUGAUAGCUUUAAUUGAUAGCUUUAAUUAAUUGCUUUAAUUGAUAGCUUUAAUUGAUAGCUUUAAUUGAUAGCUUUAAUUGAUAGCUUUAAUUGAUAGCUUUAAUUGAUAGCUAUAAUUAAUAGCUUUAAUUGAUAGCUUUAAAUGAUAGCUUUAAUUGAUUGCUUUAAUUGAUUGCUUUAAUUUGUAGCUUUAAUUGAUAGCUUUAAUUGAUAGCUUUAAUUGGUAGCUUUGGAGCUGGCACAGGAUAACGUGAUACUGCACCGCUAACGUUCCUAUUGUAUGAUGCCCAUACAUAGGGCUAUAGUCAUCAUUGUGGAAAUAACGGGCACCGCAGUUAGUUGGUGGCCAAUUAAGAAAAAAAUAACCAUAAGGUUAUUUGUCAUGUAAGUGCGGAAUUCUAUUAAUAGAACAUCCGGGCCUACAAUCUGGCCAAUCUUAUUAUGAUAGUAUUAAAACAUCCUGGUAACCCUUUUGGCCCAUUAUCUCCAAAACAGCUGUUGCGUACUUCUACGUAAAAUGCAAGCCAGAAUUGUGGGUCUUAACCUGGACGAGUACGUGUUUAAAACUUUAUUUUACGAAAGAAUUAAAAAAAAAAAACCCAAAACAAAUAGUUGCUGCUAUACACACGCGGAAAUACAUUUGUUAGAGGCUAUGUCUUAAGCAAACAUUGUCUAAAGAAAAAGUGACAUUACGUCAUGCGAUGUGACGCUUUCCGGUCUAAGAAAGGGCAAACCCUAUUGCCCAACAAGGAUUAAAUCUAUCUAUGGAAAUGACAGCGGCGUAUCGUCCCAUUCUACCCCCCCCCCCAAUCAAAGAUUUUAAAGUUAAAAACAAGAAGAAUGGGAACCAACAGAUAUAUCGGAUCCCGUUUCUUGCGUCAUAGCAUAUUAUUGACCUUAUCACGCAUUUACCGUUACGGUGUUGUGAUAAUAAUUGAAACAAUUUGUGAAUGCCUUUUGCUUAAAGCCACUAUGAAAACAAAAAAUCAAAGCUAAAGAUUCGGUCAUGCAUACAAAUCAUACUAGCGAUUACAAUUAUAGGUACAAUUCUGCUUAUAAUUCGCAGACAUCCCCCCCCCCCUUUUUUUUUAGUUUUAAAAAGACUAGACAGUAUAAAUAAUUGAUAACUUUAAGAUUAAUUUAAAAGUCAGAAAGUUGAAAAGAUUGACAUGUUGUUUAGUUUAAACAGAGAGAAGAAUCAACAACUCAGUAAAACUACCAACCCCAACCCCCAAAAAAUAAUUAAAAAAUAAAAUAAAAUAAAAUCGAUUAAUUAGAAAAAAGUAAUUAAUAUUCGAGAAUUCGCAUCUUUCAUGUUGCUCAUUCAAUAUUGUGUCUACCAUCUAGAAAUACAUUGAUGUUGACAUUUUUGGACGCUGUGGCAACGCCACUGCAUGUUUGUCACAGCGGAGGGGCCAGUGCCUUCUGGAUCUGCUACGCCCCUACAAGUUCUACCUGGCCUUCGAGAGCGCAUUCUGCCCGGACUACCUGACGGAGAAAAUCUUCAAGACGUUCCUGUCGGACAACCACAUCGUCCCUGUCGUCAUGGGCGAGACCGAAUACGACCAAUACUUUCCCAAAGGCUCGCUGAUAAACAUCGACUGGUUCCCGACGGCCAGGGAGCUGGCGGUGUACCUGCAGGGACUCGACCCGGAGACGUACAGCGGGUAUCUGGAGGUCAAGGACAUGUACCAGACGCUGCCCGGAUACAGCAUUCUGUGCCAGGUGUGCGACGCCCUCGUCAAACAGUCGAUGAAACCCAAGAUUUACGACAUUAAAUCUUGGCUCGAGGAGGGGUGUCCAUCACCUCGCUCGAAAUUUUAGCCCCUGCCCACCGCUGAGACCUCGAUUUAGGGGGAAAAAGUCACAGAAAAAAAAAAAAAGUAGCAAAAUAUGUUUCAUCUAAGCUCCUAAAUUUCAGUGUUAAUGAAACUAUAUUUGUAAGUCCAUAUCUAUAAUAUGUUUUUAUAUAUUUUUUUUUUAUAUUAACGAGCCGCAUAAAGUUAAGGUCAUUGCUUUAGAUUAGUAUUGUAAGGGGAGCAGAAAUUUAGGAACAGGAAAUUUGCUAUCAAGUGGAGUCAACAGAGAAGUAAUCAAUGGUCAGUAACAGAGAAGUAAUCAAUUGUCAGUAACAUUUCAUGCGUAUGUACAAAUACUCAGGUCAAUCCGCCACUUGAAAGUGCCACUUAUGUUGUUUUGGCGAUAAGGUUGCACACCUCGGUGUGCAAAUUAACCCUUUGGAUUCUGUUAGCCUUGUGUUUCAUUAACCUUAAAAAUACUGGUGUCUGAAGGUUACGACACGAAUCACACCCCCCCCCCCACACCCCCCUACAUUCAUUCAACCAGAAAAUGUCAUUAUUUGAAAUGGUGGGGGGAAAAGGGGGGUGCGGGUGGCACUGAACUGAAGCCGGUCAGUGAACUAUUGAGUUAUUAGACCAGGGGUUCUUAACCUUUUUGGAGGUACCGAACCCCACCAGUUUCAUAUGCGCAUUCACCGAACCCUUCUUUAUAGGAUUAAUAAAAAAAAAUAAAAAAUUCUGAUUUUUUUUUUUGGACCUCCACCGAACCCCUGAGACUGACUCACCGAACCCCUGGGGUUCGAUCGAACCCAGGUUAAGAACCACUGUACUAGACCAAGCAAGCACUUUUUUGUCGAGAUCUUGCCAGUAAACUGGUUAAUGUUUCCGGUCAGUAUAAAGGUACACCGUGUCAUGAGGCCACAGUUGUUAAUGAUUUGUUUCGUCAUAGCGUGUUUUUUUUAUUUAUUUAUUUAUUUGUGCGUGUUUUGAUACAUUUAUAUUGUUUCGUGAGCGUGUAAGGCGUCACAUUUUAAGUUAACCAUCUUUGUUGAGGAGGUGAGAGGACAUGACGUAAUUGUGUAUUUAUUGUGUGGCAGCUGGUUGUUGUGAGAAACCGCUCGACUGGCAGAUUAGCUUACGAGGAAUGGUCGUAGUUUUUGAGUAGGAGUUGAAAUGUUGAAAUGUUCAUUUUUGAGUUUAAUAAAUUGUAUUUUAUGUUGAGUUACCCAUUGAGUUAUUUAUUGAAUAUACCAG